AUGAUCAGGUCGAGCGAGCGCCCCGUCUCCGACACGGGCCAACGCCGGCCUCGACAUGCGCGGUGGAGCGGUCACCCGCUGCUUGACGUCCUGGCGGCAUCCGCCGAGCGUUGUGCCAGCGCGCGGACUUCGGAGGCGACGACGGCAAAAGCCCUUGCCCGCGUCGCGCGCGCGCCGCUUCGACCCCGCGUUGGCGCGAGAAGGACCGUUCGAUGCCGUCCAUCGCACAGGAUCGCCCGGCGUACCCACAUCGCCCGAGCGUUUGGCCUCGGCACGGGCCUGUCCCACCACGGUGUUGGUACGCGCGGCGUCCUCGGCCGUCUGGCGGAUGGUGACGGUGAUCUCAUCGAUCGCUGCGGCGGUCUCCUCCUGUGCUGGCCGCCUGUUGCCGGGGUACGGCGCGACAGAUCGUUCUGCCGCCACGCUGAUCUCGCGCGAUCCGGCGCUGACGUCGCCGGCGCUGCUCGCCACCUUUUUCAUGGCAUCGGCAAGGCGACCGACCGCAUCCUGGUCGACAGAUCGCCCGCCGCCAGCCCCUGCAGCGCGUCGGCCGGAGCUGGUGACGACCUGUUCCUGAUUCUGGUCCGCGACCCGCUUCUCGCGCGCCGUCUGGCGAAACACGUCGACCGCCAUCCGCAUCUUGGCGAUCUCCUGCGCCUUGGCGUCCGCGCGCACCGGAUCGCUCAGAUCGCCCGGGCGACAUGCUCCAUCUCCGCCGACAGAUCGGCCAGCGGAUCGCCGACCAGCCGCUUGGACAUGCGGCGCAGCACGAAGGCCAGUCCCGCGACCAUCACCAGUGCCGAGAUCAGGAGGACCAGUUCCACCGGCGCGCAUCGGCCAGCACCGCGCUCAUCGGCAAACGCACGCGCACGAUCCAGCCGCGGUCGAACCCGUCGAAACGGAUCGGGCCCCGGCGUGAAAUGCAACCCCGGCUUGCCCAGCGCCGCCUUGUCGCUGGUGUAUAAGCAGAGAUCCUUUUCCGACAAAACCUCGACAUUGCCGUCGCAAGGGCAAAUGAAUCGCGCCGAUCCGAUUGGAGAGGUCGCCCAGCCCCAGAUCGACGCCCAGCACCGCGACCGUGCGUCCCUGUUCCUGAUAGCAGCACGACCGAGGCCAUCAGCGUCUUCUUUGCCCGCCACCAUACAGGCUCGGCCCCCUACAUCAGGGGCCGUCCGGUCUGGCGCGGACCAGAUACCAGUCGCCCUGCCCGGCUUCUCCGCAGCCGGUCAGCGGCUCGACCGCCGCGUCAUCGCCCGCAUGAUGCCAAUAGGGCAGGAAGCGACCGGUACGAUCAUAGCCGGGCGUACCGGCAAAACUGGCGUCUCGACCGUCAAAGGCAUUGGGCUCCCGAUCCGAUCCAAAAUCUGA